AUGCCGCAGGCCAACAAGUGCCAAAGUCUCCAACUCGACUCCAACUCCAAUUCAACAAAUCAGCGUUAUAAGAAUUCAGCACUGUUGCUGGAAGAUCUCAGUCUUCAACGUGAAUUCUACACUCUACAGUCGUGUUGCUCAAAAUCCAGCCAGAGUAUGUUCAAGUCUGUUUGGCCUACUUUAAUUGGUCUAAUUAUGCUAAGCUUAUGCAUAUUAGUUAAAGCUGCACCCUACCAGGAGCUGGAGCCACGCAAAGGUCAUGUUCCAGUCUACAUUCGCCACGGCAAUGAGGCCCUCAGCCAAAUACAUCCCGGCCUGGCGGAGGCAUUCAACGAGGAGAACGAUUCCCAAUCCCAGCAGUUAAAGGCCGAGAACCUCAUCACGGAAUCCCCAAGCACAACUGAGACGGCAAAGAGCUCCACCGAAUCGGAUAUAGCCAGUUUUGAUACCAUCAAAGCAAAGGAUGUAUAACAAAUAAAAUGCCCAAGAAUUUUUUAAACGAAAA